AUGGGUCUUCCGUCUCCCGUGCGGGAAUAUACCGAUCCGCUCCCCCAAUAUGACAGCAGCGACAAUGAUAGUCUGAAAUAUACCACCGAGGUGGGUGGAAACACCUCCAAGGCCACAUACCAGGAAGCAUCGGGAGCGCCCGUUGAGGUCAAUUCCCCGCUGGGGUAUUCGGUUGGUUGGAUAACGGUGGUUUUCUUGAAUCUGAGUAAGAUGAUUGGAACGGGUGUUUUUUCAACGCCAUCAACCGUCCUUAAAGGCGCUGGCUCCGUUGGUCUAGCGCUGAUAUAUUGGGUAAUUGGGUACUUGAUGGCAUCGAGCUCUCUAUCGGUCUACAUGGAAUUUGCGUCAUGCUUCCCAAGUCGGUCUGGCUCGGAGGUCGUCUACUUGGAACAGUCAUAUCCCCGACCAAAGUUCUUCUUCCCUACCAUGUUUGCGAUGCAGAUGGUGCUGUUCUCAUUUAGCAGCAGCAACGCCGUUGUGUUGGCACAGUAUCUCUUCAAACUCGCAGACUCUGAUUUCACGCCGUGGAAGUUGAAGGGAGUUGCCAUCGCCUGCUAUACUGUGGCAGUACUGGUUCUUGCGUUUCAUACGAGGUGGUCUCUGAGACUCGCUAAUGCCAUCGGGCUUGUCAAGCUGGUGACAUUAAUAUUCAUCGGAAUAACUGGUUUGGUAGUUCUCGGGGGUCACACAUCAGUAAAAGACCCCAAGGCAAAUUUUAGGAAUGCCUUUGAGGGUACUGGUGCCGCGACAGCCUAUGGAGCAACCAAUGCAUUGACCAAGGUGUGGUUCUCUUUUGCGGGUUACGAGAAUGCCUUCAACGUCGUCAAUGAAGUCCGGAAUCCCACUAAAACCUUGAAAUGGAGUGCUCCUCUCUCACUGGGACUGACUGCAGUUCUAUACAUGCUGGCAAACAUUGCGUAUUUCAGCGCUGCGACUAAAGAGGAAAUCCUAGAGUCGAAGGUCGUUGCUGCUGGCGUCUUUUUCGAGAAGGUGUUUGGAAAUGGGCGUGCUACUUCGGCAUUGAAUUUCCUCAUUUGUGUAAGCGCUUUUGGAAAUCUCCUUGCUGUGCUUAUAGGACAGUCUCGUAUGUUGAGAGAAUGUGGAAGACAAGGUGUGUUGCCUUUUACUUCAUUUUGGACUUCGACAUGGCCAUUCGGAACACCGCUGGGUCCAUACUUUGUGAAAUGGGCAUUCACUGUGGUGAUGAUUCUGGCGCCACCUGCCGGUGAUGCAUUCAACUUUGUUGUUGACCUCGGAGUCUACGCGACAAGCUUCUUUGGGUCGCUACUCACGAUUGGUCUGGUGGUCACUCGGAUUCGUCGUGUCCGCCUGAAUCUCCCAGAGCCGGAAUACAAGGCCUGGCACGUUACGGUGGCGUUUGCGAUUCUCUCGAACUUGUAUAUGGUCGUGAUGCCUUGGUAUCCUCCCAGUACCGGUGCCCAUGGGGGCGAUGUGAGCUUUUGGUAUGCAAUAUAUUGCGCGGUUGCUCUUGGAAUUAUCGGGCUAUGUGCAGUGUAUUAUUACGUCUGGAUCAAGCUCCUACCUAAAAUCCAAGGAUUCAAGUGGGAGCAAACGGUUCUCACAUUGGAUAAUGGUGCUGUGGCACAUCAGCUUAUCAGGGUACCUAAACGGAAUGUAUGA